AUGCCAUUGUUUAAAAAGGCUGAAAUAUGCGAUCUUUCGAAAAAAUACGGAUUUCAACAACGUGGUAUAGUGGCACUUGAACCUAUUUCUCGAAGUGAGAAAAUUUAUGAGUGUGAUCCAACGACUUGUAGUUAUUAUCCGGAAGAUGAUCCGCGAUUUAAAUUUACUCGAGAACAACUUCUUCAAAUAAUGGAAAGCUAUCCAGAAGUAUCAGAAUUCAUUCGAAAUUAUUCGCUCAUGAUCGACGACGAUGUUUUCGAAGCUCCGCGUCAUCUUCUUACGCAAGAAAUUACGGAUGAAUGUGCGUUAUUCAAUCAUUCAUGCGAGCCGAAUUGUGAUUUUGACGGAUCGAAUGAUAGCUGGACGCUCAAAGCUCGACGUGAUAUCCACGUUGGCGAAGAAUUAACUAUUCACUAUGGCAUCUUCGAAACCGAACGCAGUCUAAUGGCAGGUGUUCAAUGCAGAUGUGGGGCUACUAGUUGUGUAGGCCAACUUCGAUUUGAUUUUUGGCGCAAUUGCGAAUGGCAACAGAAAUUUGAACAUGUAGCGAGCCCAUUCAUUCAGAAAAAAAUUCGUGACUUACGCACAUUAUUAGGGGACACCAUCAUGACAUAA